GCAACUGCUGCAAACGCCCGACUUACUUCUUCCACCCCCUUACCCGCCCACUCAACCCCGCUGGUGCUGGCGGCUGGCGCUGGUGCUGGUGCCUGGUGCUGGCGGCUGGCGCUGGUGCUGGUUCCUGGUGUUGGCAGCUGGCGCAGGUGCUGGUUCCUGGUGCUGGCGGCUGGCGCUGGUGCUGGUGCCGGGUGCUAGCGGCUGGCGCUGGUGCUGGUGUCUGGUGCCUGGCGGCUGGCGCUGGUGCCUGGUGCUGGCGGCUGGUGCUGGUGCUGGUGCCUGGUGCUGGCGCUGACGGCGGGGUCUCUACUGGCGGUGGCGCUGGUGCUGGUUCCUGGUGCUGGCGGCUGGCGCUGGUGCUGGUUCCUGGUGCUGGCAGCUGGCGCUGGUGCUGGUUCCUGGUGCUGGCGGCUGGCGCUGGUGCUGGUGCCUGGUGCUGGCGGCUGGCGCUGGUGCUGGUGCCUGGUGCUGCCGGCUGGCGCUGGUGCUGGUGCCUGGUGUUGGCAGCUGGCGCUGGUGCUGAUGCCUGGUGCUGGCGGCUGGCGCUAGUGCUGGUGCCUGGUGCUGGCGCCUGGCGCUGGUGCUGGUGUCUGGUGCCUGGCGGCUGGCGCUGGUGCCUGGUGCUGGCGGCUGGUGCUGGUGCUGGUGCCUGGUGCUGGCAGCUGGCGCUGGUGCUGGUUCCUGGUGCUGGCGGCUGGCGCUGGUGCUGGUGCCUGGUGCUGGCGGCUGGCGCUGGUGCUUGUGCCUGGUGCUGGCGGCUGGCGCUGGUGCUGGUGCCUAGUGCUGGCGCUGACAACGGGGUCUCUGCUGGCGGUGGCGCUGCUGGUGGUGACUCGGCUGGCGGGGUCUCUGCUGGCGGUCGUUACUAG